AGGUCUGGUUAGAGAGUAUCCAGGUGACAAAGAUUACGCGCGAAGUUUCAUGCUUUUCUUCCAACACAUUGUGCACGGGCUUACAACUCAGUCAGUCUCCUCAUCAAGAUGGCCACCGAAGAAAAGACACCCGCAGUAACACAAGAAAGCACGAAGGAGGAAGCACCUGCUGAGAAAGUUGACGAGAAAGUUGGUGAGAAUGUUGACGAGACCAAGUUGGCUAUCAACAUGCUGGCCCAAGGCAAGAGGAACAUCAUCUGUGGCGAGAUCCCAGUGGCUGUCAACCAGUUCCAGGAGGCAUGUGCCAUGCUGGCCAAGCAGUACGGGGAGACGGCGGCGGAGUGUGCGGAGGCCUACUUCUGUUACGGGCAGUCGCUGCUGGACCUGGCUCGCAUGGAGACCGGGGUCCUGGGCAACGCUUUGCAAGGAGUUGAUGUUGACACAGAAGAUGAUGGGGAGGAGAAGGAGGCAGCAAAAAAUGAAAAGUUUGAGAAACCCGAAAAUCUUGAAGGAGAGGAGAGGGAGAAGCUAAGAAUGGAGAUAUAUGAUGCCAUGUCUGAGAAAGAUAAGAUGGAUGUGAAGAAGGCGGAGGAUGGCGGCAUGGAUGUAGACAUGGAGGACAAGGAGAAUGUAGAAAAUACAAAGACUGAUAAGGAUGGUUCCAAAAAUAAAACUGAUAAAGUUUUAACAGAAAAAAAUGCAAAUAUAGAAGAAAAAGUUUUAGAAAAGGUUAAAAAUAGUAAAAAUACUGACGAAAUUGUGAAAGAAUGUGCAGCAGAGAAGGGUGACAAGACUGAAGGGGAGGGGAAGAAGGGUGACAAGACUGGCGGGGAGGGGGAGACGGCAGGGGAGGACAUGGAAACAGAUGACAAAGCUGCCAAACAAGGCACCGACAUGGAGGCUGGGGAAACAAGGAAAGACGAGGAAAAGAAAGAUGAGUCUACAGAAAAGGAAUCUAAAUCAACAGAUACUAAAGAUGCUGACACAAAAGAUCCUGAUGCCAAGAAAGAUCCUGAUGCCAAAGAUGGCGAGGCUAAAACAGAAGGCGACGCCAAGAAAGAUGGGGAUGCCAAAACAGAGGGCGAUACCAAGAAAGAUGGGGACGCCAAAACAGAAGGCGACACCAAGAAAGAUGGGGACGCCAAAACAGAAGGCGACGCCAAGAAAGAUGGGGACGCCAAAACAGAAGGCGACACCAAGAAAGAUGGGGACGCCAAAACAGAAGGCGACACCAAGAAAGAUGGGGACGCCAAAACAGAAGGCGACGCCAAGAAAGAUGGGGACGCCAAAAAGGAAGGCGACGCCAAGAAAGAUGGGGACGCCAAAACGGAAGGCGACGCCAAGAAAGAUGGGGACGCCAAAAAGGAAGGCGACGCCAAGAAAGAUGGGGACGCCAAAACAGAAGGCGACACCAAGAAAGAAGGGGACGCCAAAACAGAAGGCGACAAUAAGAAAGAUGGUGAUGGAAAAACUGAUGUGGGUGCAAAAGGAGAGGGAGACAAAGAAGUGAAGGAGGAUGCUGCCACAGAUGCAAAUACGGAGGAGAAAAUGGAAGCUGACGAUGAGGAAGCUAUGGAAACAAGUGAGAAAGAAACUGGUGAAUCCUCGGCAACCAAGGAUGACAAAGAAACCAAAGAUGGUGAAGAGGAGGAGGAGGAGGAAGAAGAGGAGGAGGAAGGUGAUGAGACGGCGGAGGGAGAGGGGGCUGAAGGAACCAGUGAGCCAAAGGAGGGAGAGGAAGAUAGUGACGAUGUGUCCAACCUACAGCUGGCCUGGGAGAUGUUGGAACUCGCCAAGAUGAUCUACCUCAAGGAAACUACAAAAGAAGCCCAACUGAAGGCAGCACAAGCGUACCUGAAGCUGGGGGAAGUCAGCCUAGAAACAGAGCAGUACGAGCAGGCUACCGAGGACUUCAAGGCUUGUCUGGAAAUCCAAAAGAAACACCUUGAAGCCACUGACAGAUUGCUUGCUGAAUCACAUUACCAGCUGGGAUUAGCGUUUGGGUUUGACAAGAAGUAUGAGGAGUCGGUCAAACACUACAGGGCAGCAAUAAAAGUCAUCGAAGAAAAAAUUGGUCACCUUGAGAAGGUCAUAGAAGAGCACUCCAAGGGAAAGGGGAAAGAACUCUCAAGUUCCGAUGACCCAGUUACACAGGCAACAAAAGAAAUCUCUGAGUUAAAGGAAAUCCUGCCCGAUAUUGCAUCCAAGAUUGAAGACGCAGAGGAGGAGAAGAAGAAUCUCGAACAGCUGAAGACGAUGACCAAAGAAAUUGUUGGAGGAACACUGACCACAUUUACGUCAACCAGUGAAACGACAACAGCAGCAACCCCGAUUGAAGUGAAGAAAGCCUCUGACAUCAGCCAUCUCAUCAGGAGGAAGCGUAAACCUGACGAGGAUGCAGAUGACCCUGAAUCGAAGAAAUCUCGGCAGGAAGAUGGCUCAGGAGACGCCCCCAAACAGAACGGCCAUGACAAACCAGCUGCUGAUGCCAACAGUACGGAGGUACGCUGAUUGUAGAGAAGAAAGAGGAGACCCCUGCUGUCACCACAGAAGCGGAGCCCAUGGCAACAUGAAUGUGCCUUUGUCUCCAGUGCAGAACUCAUGAUGUUAGUCUCCGGUGUAAGAACGUUGUACAUACAGUUGUCCAUGUAUAUACGUAGUUGUACUGUUUCCAUUUCAUCUGCCAUUUGUACAAAAUCAAAAUAUUAAAUUGUUUGCAUAUUU